UAACAAAGAAAGAAAGAAAGGAAAGAUAAUAAUAAAAUUGAGUAAUACAUUAGCUGGCAUAUUUUAAUAAAAAAUAUGUUUUUUUUUUUGUUUUAAAUAAAUAAAAAAUAGCUUUUAGCAUAAAGAAAAAGCUUCACAAAAAAGUACAUGUGCUGCUGACAGUAACAGUUAAAUGAAUUUCAAUUAAAUGUGAAAUUCAUAAAGUAUUUAAUAAUGUGUGUAAUAAUUACCCAGAACAGUUAAUAAUAUUUUAUAAAUUGUUAUAAGCUCGAAUAUAAUUACAAUAAUUUAAAUAAAUAUAAAGCAUUUUUUUAAUUAAAAGAAACAUAAACUCGACAUUUUAAAAAUAUGAAUCGUUUACAUAAAAAAGUUCAACGUCCACAGAAUCCAUAUACAAAAGCAAAUAUAUUUUCACGUUUAAGUUUUUGGUGGACCGCCGAUCUGUUUCGUUUAGGUUGGAAACAAUCACUCGAAGAUAAAGAUUUAUAUGAAAUACCUCAAGACUUAGAUUGUAAAGAUGGUACUAAACUCUUGGAUGAAUUAUGGGAAGAGGAGAAGAAACGAAAAAAGAAUCCAAACAUAUUACUGGUGCUAUGCAAAGCCUAUGGGAAGGUCAUACUGCCCUAUGGGUUUUUCUGUGUUUUAUUGGAAACAACAUUAAAAUGUCUACAGCCUCUAUUUUUAGGAGGUUUAGUAUCGUUUUUUGCUGCUGGCCAGACAAAUGUAAGCGAACAUGACGCUUUUGCCUAUGCCGCCGGUAUUGUUAUGUGCUCCUUUUUGAUAGUGAUGGGCUAUCAGCCAUAUUUAUUUUUUGCAUUUAAAAAGAGCACACAAAUACGGGUGUCACUAGCCGGUUUAAUAUAUCGCAAAUGCCUGCAAGUCUCAAAGAAUUCCAGUGAUGAAGGUUUACGUGGACGAGCCAUUAAUAUACUGGCUAAUGAUUUGUCAGUAUUUGAUAUGGUUUUGUGCUUUGUACACGACUGGUGGAAGGGUCCUUUAGAGGCGUUAAUCAUUGGUUAUCUUAUGUAUCGAGAAAUAGGUUGGGCCGCUGUGAUAGGCAUUUCAUUUAUGUUGGCUUUUAUACCUUUACAAGUGUGGGGUGCUAAGAAGGCGGCCAGCUAUAAAGAGAAGACUGUGGAACGCACCGAUUGGCGUGUCAAGUUAAUGAAUGAAAUUAUUCAGGGUAUCCAAGUGAUCAAAAUGUAUGCGUGGGAAAAAUCAUUUGCACAGGUCAUAGGUUUGGUAAGACGCAAGGAAGUGAAUGCUAUUAAAGGUUCAGCACACGUUUAUGCUGUACUCAAUUGUACCCACAUGAUUUCACCAAUAUCCAUAUUUUUGGCUUUAAUAUCCUACAUCUAUUUUGGAGAUAUUUUGACGGCUCAGAAAAUCUUUACAAUUUCCUCAUUCUUUACUAUGCUCAGUGAGUCCAUGGUAAUGUUUUGGCCAAUGUCUUUGAUAUGUCUGGCUGAAAGUUGGGUGUCGAUUAAAAGAAUUAAGGAAUUUUUGCUGUAUGGCGAAGAAGGAUAUGUAGAUGAGAAGAAUAAGAAAGAUAUUCCACAAGAUAAAGAAAAAGAAGAAAUUACUGCACAAGAAUUUUUACUUAAUGGCAAAGCAGCUCGAAAGGAAAGUAAACGCAUUGUGAAUUUAGAGGCUAAAGUUAAAAGUUUAGAAAUGCGCAAUGUAAUGGCCAAUUGGGAAACCAAAGAAGGCGAGGAUUCUACAAAAACUCCAGCUUUACAGCAUUUUACAACAACCUUUGAAGAGGAGACAUUGGCUGCUAUAGUAGGUCCAGUGGGUGCAGGAAAAUCUACUUUACUAAAUGCCAUUUUAGGAGAAGUGAAAAUAGAAUCUGGAGAAAUCAUAGUUAAUGGCAAAAUCUCCUAUUGUGCCCAAGAAGCCUGGGUAUUUGAGGGUUCCAUUAAGGAUAAUAUUAUAUUUGUGGAAGACUAUGAUGAGAGACGUUAUAAGCAAGUUUUAAAGGUAUGCGCUUUAGAACGUGACAUAGAAUUGUGGCCCAAACGUGAUCUGACGCGUGUGGGAGAAAGAGGCGUUAGCUUGAGUGGUGGUCAAAAGGCUAGAGUUAAUUUGGCCAGAGCUAUUUACCGCAAAGCAGAUAUCUAUCUACUAGAUGAUCCCCUAUCGGCGGUGGACAGUCAUGUUGGCAAGCAUAUAAUGGACAAUUGUAUUAAUCAGUUCCUUUAUGACAAAAUACGCAUAUUGGUAACACAUCAAUUGCAAUAUCUAAACGAUGUAGAGCAUGUUAUUCUCAUGGAUGGUGGUAGUAUUGUGGUGCAGGGUAAUUACCAGGAAUUGCAAAAUUCUAAACAGUUUAAGUUUCUAGCACAAACUCAAAAGCAAAGUGCUGAGAGUGAAGAUGAUAUGGAAUUUAUUGAUGGUGUUUCGGAAGAUGAAAAAAGUCUCAAGACCUAUAGAUCUCGUUUGGCUUCGGGUAGUAGUGCUGAUUUUGAUAUGCAAGAAUUUAUAGUGGAUGAAAAUGAAGAGGCAGAAGAGCUGAGUAAAGAAACUAAAGCUGAUGGUUCGGUUAAGUUUGACAACUAUUUGACCUACUUUAAGGCUUUGAAUAAUACUUGGUAUUUUCUGCUGAUAGUUAUGCUAUUCAUAGCUACUCGCUUUUUACUAAACAGUACGGAAUAUUACUUAUCCAGAUGGGUAAUAUGGGAAGAAAAGAUAGCCUUGGUGCCUUUUGAAAAUAACACCGAUUUAAUGGUCCAUAACUCUACCGUGCUAAGCAAUAAUAAUGAAUCUGACUUUAUUUUCAACAACUCCACAGAGAAGUCAAUUUACGACAGUCAUGCUGAAGAGAGACAUCAACGUAUUCUUAUCUAUAUGUUCAUAUUGAUUGCCACUACUAUAGUUUAUAUCUGGCGUACUUUUGGUUUUAUACACAUGUGUCUGCAGAUCUCUUUACAUCUACAUGAUUUGCUAUUCCGAGCCAUAACUCGCACCUCUAUGUUGUUUUUCAAUACAAAUCCAUCGGGUCGUAUUUUAAAUCGUUUCUCAAAAGAUAUUCGCACCUUGGAUGUGGAUGUACCGCGCACCUUAAUGGAUUGUGCAUCGUUCCUAAUUGAUAUAACUGGUGUAAUGAUCAUUGUAGCCAUUGUCAACUACUGGUUACUAAUACCAUCACUUGUGAUCCUUUUAGCUCUUGUAAUAUUAAGACAAAUAUUCGUUAGCACUAGUCGUGAUGUCAAACGUAUAGAGUCAAUUUCCCGCAGUCCUAUUUAUUCACUAACAAAUCAAACAUUCCAGGGUCUGACCACUAUAAGAGCUUUACAGGCCGAAAAGAUCUUGGAGUCUGAGUUUCAUGAACAUCAAAAUGCAAACUCUUCUGCUUGGUUUUUGUUUCUCUCCUCAAAUCGAGCCUUUGCUUUUUGGAGCGAUAUGCUCUGUGUUUGCUACAUUGCCAUAGUAACAAUUAGUUUCUUAGCUCUACGUUCCAGUUUCAAUAGUGGUGAUGUGGGUUUGGCUAUUUUGCAAUCAUGUGCCAUGGUGGGCAUGUGUCAGUGGGGUAUGAGGCAAACGGCAGAAUUGGAAAAUAACAUGACAAGUGUGGAACGUGUUUUGGAAUAUACAAAGCUGCCGCCAGAAUCGGCCAAAGAGGAAGCAGAGGUUUCAAAACCCCAUGAACUUUGGCCCAGUAAAGGACGCAUAGAAUUUGUUAACUUUAGCUUAAGAUACAAUCCCAAUGAUAAGUGCAUUUUAAAGAACUUAAACUUUACCGUAGAACCUAAACAGAAAGUGGGUAUAGUAGGACGCACAGGAGCUGGAAAGUCAUCCAUUAUACAAUCGCUAUUCCGUUUGGCCUAUAAUGAGGGCGUUAUACGCAUUGAUGGUUUAGAUAUAGAAACGAUUGAUCUGUACGAUUUAAGAAGUAAACUUUCGAUAAUUCCUCAAGAUCCGGUGUUAUUUUCGGGAACUUUACGUUAUAACUUAGAUCCUUUGGAGGAAUAUAGCGAUGAGAAAAUGUGGCAGGCUUUAGAAGAUGUGGAAUUAAAAGAACAUGUUACAAAAUCUUUAAGCGGUUUAAAUUGUGCCAUGUCAGAUGGUGGUUCUAACUUUAGUGUGGGUCAAAGACAAUUGGUUUGUUUGGCACGUGCUAUUCUUCGACAAAAUAAGAUUUUAAUUUUAGAUGAGGCUACCGCCAAUGUAGAUCCUAUAACCGAUGCUUUAAUUCAAAACACCAUACGCAGUAAAUUUGCCGAUUGUACCGUUUUAACGAUUGCUCAUCGCUUACACACCGUUAUGGAUAGUGAUCGUGUUCUUGUUAUGGAUGCUGGUCAUGCUGUAGAAUUCGAUCAUCCGUAUUUGUUGUUGCAAAAACCUAAAGGUUUUCUACGACGUUUAGUAGAUGAUACUAGCUCAGAUGCUGCCGCCGCUUUACUGCAAGCGGCCCAAGAAAGUUAUAAGUUAAAAGUACAAAAUCUUUAGGGACAUUUAGUCUAUAUGUAGUCGGAAUUUAGUAAAUGAACUCAAAUAUUUUAGUUAAGGAUUAGUAAUAUUUUUGUGCAAUAUAUUUGAUAAUAUUUUUACUAUGUUAUAUACCGAAUGUAUUAAAAGAAUAUUUUUUAAAA